CUGGAGAUCAUUCAAGGAGGAGAUAUGGUAACUCACAAUAUGAAAGAGAGAGGGAGAGGAGGAGAGAGGAAGGAACUAUAUCACUAGAAAGUGGAUGCCAUGAAAAUGCAAAAGAUCCAUGGGCUGAAAGUCCUAAGAGAGAAAUAAGAGUAUUACCUCUUGGUCGAGAGAGGGAGAGAUAUAAGAUCGAGUUGAUCCAAUCAACGGAAUAG